AUGCUUUUAAUAUUUCUCUAUGCAUCAUCAUCAUCAUCAUCAUCAUCAUCAUCAUCAUCAUCAUCAUCAUCAUCAUCAUCAUCAUCAUCAUCAUCAUCAUCAUCAUCAUCAUCAUCAUCAUCAUCAUCAUCAUCAUCAUCAUCAUCAUCAUCAUCAUCAUCAUCAUCAUCAUCAUCAUCAUCAUCAUCAUCAUCAUCAUCAUCAUCAUCAUCACAGAACGAGUCACAGAAUUGCAUUAUCAUGAAAAGGAAGCUACUUCGAGCAGCAGGUAAACUGACCUAUUACAAGGAACGUGUCACUGUUCUACAAGAUCAACUGAUCCAUCAGAAAAAAAAUGAAGAAAAAUUGAUCCGACUUCAAGCUGAAUAUAAAACACAGUCUUUGGAUCUUGAGAAAGCUCAAGAACAAGCUUCUAGAGUACCAUUACUGGAGAAAACAGUGAAACAGCAAGAAGAUUUAAUUUGUCGAUUGGAAACAUUCUUAGAUCGUCAAAGAAAACAUGUGGUCAAUGCAAACUUGUCCAAUUAUACAUGUCCAAUUAUGAAUCCAUUGGACACUGAAGUCUUAGAGCCUAUAGGGAAUCAUAAACCAAUUGACAAUUCACUUAUACCUUCACAAAACGAUGAAUUGUCUACAUCAACAGUGUUAAGAAAUCUAUCCAGCGAAAAUGAUGCAUUACGUCGAACUGUAGCUGAAUUGAAUCGAACUGUACGUAACUUGGCUAGACAACAACAAGACAGUCAUGAUUAUCAACAAAGUAUUGAACAAAGAUAUCGUGAAGAGAUUGACGCAUUGAAAGAACAACAAAGUCGUUUACUGGAGGAAACAUUACAUAAGAAUAGACGAUUGGAACAUAUGGAAAACGAGAAUUUUCGGACAGCGAUUGCAGAUAAUGAACGAUUAGAAUUGUACAAAAUGUUGGAUAAUUCUGAGUUAAGAAUUAAAGCAUUAGAAGAAGAACUUCAACGUCAAAGAAAUCCUAAAUCACACUUGCAUCGAGAACCUGCUUGGAAAUACUCAGGUCCAAAGAAAAUACAUCAAUCCCUUCCACAGUUGAACAAAAGAAAUGGACCGAAUAAUUUAGUCAGUGUCAACACGCAUAAACAAUCCCAAAUAACCGAUUUGAAUAUGCAUUUUCCUAGUCAUAAUAAUAAAGGCUUAAAUCGUGUGUUGAAUAAACGUCAAAUACAUAUGAAUAAUCAUAUACACAGUAACAAUAUUAAUGCUAAUGCUAGUAAUAAUAAUAAUGACGACAGCGUGAAUCAUAUCAAUGAAAGUAAUGAGAGCAAUGCAUUCGAUUAUUCUGUGAACAGAGAUGAAGAAGACUUCUAA